AUGACACCUUUUUUGAUCUUGACGCUGCUGUCGACAUGUCUCUGGACACCCACGGCAGCAACACCCCAAGGAGACUCGCUCUCCAUGUUCCUCGCGCUGCCGAAAUGUGCCCAGCCCUGCACCAUCAACGCACUAACAGCCGGUGGCUGCGAUCUCUUCAACGCUACCGCGGUGGCUGAGUGCUCCUGCACCAACGUGCCGCUCAAGGCCGGCAUGUCGCUGUGUGUGCAGGACAACUGUCCCUGGGCAGAUCAGAAGAAAGCCGCAUUCAUAUCAUACAACCAGUGCAAGGACUUUACGCACGAGUCGCGCCAGGGUGAAAUCUACGCCACGGGCCUCGCGUGCUUGAUAAUACCGUUCGUCUUUAUUGCCCUGAGGUAUUAUGCGCGGUUUCUCAUUGCAAAGGGUCUGUGGUGGGACGACUGGAUGAUGAUGAUUGCCAUGGUGUCUCACAUUGGAGGUUGUGCCUGUAUUUUUGUCGCAACCAACCUAGGCUUCGGACAGCACCUCUGGAACGUCUACCCGGGCAACACGGAGGAGAUGCUCAAGCUCUUCCACGUCGUUCAGAACUUUUACAUUGUGAUCCAGGUCUCGGCCAAGCUGUCGCUGGUGCUGCUGUACUGGCGCAUCUUCCCGACGCGCUGGUUCCGCGUCGCCCUGCGCUGCUCCAUCGUCUGGCUCGUCGUCCACGGCCUGGGCUUCAUCCUCUUUGUCAACUUUCAGUGCAACCCCAUGGCGGCCGUGUGGGACCGCUCCAUAGAGGACGCCAAGUGCCUCAGCCUCAACGGCAUCGCCUGGGCCGGCGGCGCCUCGGCCAUCUUUGAGGACGUCGUCAUCCUGCUGUUGCCCAUCCCCGAGGUCAUGAAGCUGCAGCUGACCCUGCAGAAGAAGAUUGCCGUGUACAUGAUGUUUGCUGUUGGGUCCUUCGCCUGUCUCACCAGCAUCAUCCGCCUCAAGUACGUCCACCUCUUUGGCAACACCAAAGACGAGUCCUGGGAGAACGUCGACGUCCUGAUCUGGUCCAUCAUGGAGGUCUCCGUCGCCGUCGUGUGCGCCUGCCUGCCCGCCCUGCGCCCGCUCUUCCUCAAGGUCCCCGGCUUCUUCACCUCCAACGGCAGCAAGGGCGGCUCCUCCUCGGGCGUCGCCACCCCGGCCAAGAACAACAGCAGCAACAACAACACCCCCGUCCGCGCCGACGUCAAGGGCACGCGAGGCAGCGGCGCCAGCAGCACCGCCGACGGCUACUCGUCCCGCCGCCCCUCCACCUCGGCGUUUCGCGGCGCGAGGGCCCGCCCCGGCUUCGAGGACCUGUCGAUGGACAGGGACGAGGUGCCGUUUGCCACCAGGGGUGCGGUCGAGCGGGCUCCGGAGGAGACCGAGUUGGCAGACUUGGAGAAGGGGGUUGGGAUUGCGCGGUAA